AUGACUAUAAGGACAAAGAAAGCAGUUAUCCAGUUCUUUGCCUAUAGAGAAUUGCUGGAAACUACGCGUAAAGCAAUAGCAUAUAUAAACAAUGAACAAUUGCUAGCCAUGAUAGCACAGAGACUUACUUUUGAAGAACUGAACGUUGCCUUAGCCCAACAAUCAGCACGCACAUAUCACGCUCGAGCCGAACAAGUAGCUUAUAAACUUGCAUUAACUAAGGCUCCAAUUACUAUGAAUGAAUCAGUACCAUCUAUUGACGAAAUACUUGUCGGAUAUUUAUCGGCACAACAUUCAGCCCAAGAUUCGACACAAUACAGCGAUACCAGUAUCAUGAUUUCCUUGGUCUCCAAAAUAAUAUAA